AUGCCUUUCCGAGUAGGCUUGUGUUAUUCUGUCUUAUAAAAUAGCCAGCUACUAGUAUCAGAUCACAGGCUUUGUAAUAACCACUUAUUCAUCCAAAUUACCUGAAUUUUACCCCUGUAGUACUUGGCUUCCAGCCUAAGUUGUAUUCAACUAUGCUUCCAACAUCUCCACGAAACGCCUACUUUAUACAACUGCAUUGAAAGGUGAAGAUCAUUACUUGCAUCCGUCCCCAUCAUCUUAUUGUACUGGCGUCUGGACCCCAUCAGAAACCCACCUUCCUCUUUGAUAAAUGCUAAUUUUUAUAACUUCCAUUCUGUAUUUUGCAUCCGGUACGUUUUAGGACGAAAUAUGUUGUGCUGCCCAAACAAUUUGUCGAAUUAUUGGACACAACAAAUACUCUGUCUUAUUCGAUAUCCAGCGCGACAACUCACUCAUCAGCCCGGGUACGUUGAUUAGCGCGCCCUCAUUUAAUUGCAUGUCGACAUAGCCUGUCUGCGAAAUACAAGUCGAUAAUGCAUAUACCUAAAAUAGACUGGAAUUUUAAGUUAGGUUUCUAACGGCUCUGAUCACUGUUAGCCAAUCUCUUAUUUGGAUGAGUUACCAAGACUACAUAUUAUGGGUUUCCAUUGUGACUCCCUUUACCCUUCGCCACCGACAAACGCUUUUGUUGUGACUUUAAUUUCAAAUUUUCUAGAAACGUUGGCGCUUUUGGCAAACAAGUUGCCGGGAAUGGAAGUCCUCCCCUCUGAAACAGUUUAUGUGGAGCCGUUGUCGACUUCUGUCGAAGAUUCCACCAGGCAGGAGACUGAUGACGACAGUAUAAGUGAAAUGGAACCUGUGGACAACAACGGGGCUGCUGUCUAG